AUGGAUGCACAGGUCAGCUCGAAAGACCAGAAAAUUGGAGGAGAUCAGCCGCCCAGUGAAUUGCCAACCCUUAGCGGAAAAGACAAAUCGCAGGAAAGUUUCGACCAUGUCCCAUUGCCCUCACAACAGGAUGCAGAUACAAGAAACGCCCUGGCGACCGAACCCUUUCAACCAACCUUGAAGGUCCUAGCAGACCUCGAACGCGACGAUCCCAAGUUCGCCUUUCCAGCAGCUCGACUUGUUGGACUCUAUCGACGUCUCUGGGAAUCCUGUGUUUCCAAGCAUAUCGAUGGCCAGAAGCUAGAGCAGAGCAAUCAGAUCUUGAAGGAAGCUGGCACACACCUGCUUAAAGAGAGGGACGGUCUUCAGCUUCGCCACGACAAGGAGCUGUCUCGGCUGCGCUUCUUCGAGCAGGCACUGGAAUCAUCUCGGGGUCGACUGACUCGCGUACUCGAUGACUGGAAUCACCCUUCCAGACUCAAUCUGGCAGGGCUGCCAGACAUGGCAAGAGAAGAGUGA